AUCAUCAAAAGAGUUUUAUUCACAGAGUAAAUACAAAGAGGAGAUGGCCUAAGCAACUGUGCACUGUGAUUCUCAACUAGGUCCUGACGUCAUCAUGUGGGCGUGGCUUUAGUCAGUGUAUUGUUGGCGUUUGUCCUGUGCACAACUUUGUGAACGUUCCCAUUUUACAGCAUUGUUCGCCCUAGACGAAAAAAAAAUGAAGUGUUGUGUUUUGUCUUGUAAAAAUUACUCGGAUAGACGUUCUGAUGCUAUGGAUGGCAUCACAUUUCAUUUAUUUCCAUCCGAAGAUAAUCUAAGGCAGCAAUGGAUUACAAAAAUUAAUAGACAAGACUGGUCUCCGACUAAAUAUACGAAAAUUUGUUCUUGCCAUUUUAAUGAUGAAGACUUCAUAGUGACAAAAAAAGGCCUUAGAAAAUUAAAGAAGGGAACUUUGCCUUGUUUAAAACUGGAUAUAUUAUCGCUUAAAAGAAAAUUUACAGACCCAACCACAAAGGACCCAACAAUGUCAUCACCUAAGCCUACCACACCUACAAGUAAUUUAAAUGAAUUUCUGAUACUGCAUGAUACGCCGAGAAAGAAGAAGUUAAAGCAUGAAAUAGCACAACUUCGAUGGAAAGCAAGAGCAGAUAGAUUAAAGAUCAGAAGACUUCAUAUGAAAGUUAAGCGUUUGAAGAAGAAGGUUCAAAAUUUAAGUGCCUUAAUUAAAGAAUUGGAAAGCAAAAGUCUUCUGUUAGGAGAGGAAUCAGAAAUUUUAACAUCAAUAAAUGUUAAGUUGAGGGACUUGGUUGGGCGUCAUUUGGCAAAAAAUAAAAAAAAACCCAUUGACGAAGCAGUAUUCUCCAGCUCUCCGAUCAUUCGCUUUGACACUACAUUAUUUUUCGCCAAAUGCUUACUCAUACGUCAGAAAAACUUUCGAUACUUGCUUACCGCAUCUGAGAACUAUUUCUAAAUGGUAUGAAAGUGUCAAUGGUGAAGCUGGAUUUACAGCUGAAGCUUUUAACAUAUUAAAGCACAAAACUAACUCCUCAGGCAAACGCGCUUUGUGCAGUCUUAUGAUGGACGAGAUGGCAAUUAGGAAGCACGUCGAAUGGGAUGGAACAAAAUAUCACGGUUAUGUUGAUCUCGGCCUUAAUGACGUACAAAACGAUAAUUCGGAUCAAGCUUCUCAGGCUUUAGUCCUGUUGCUUGUAUGUCAAACUGAACGCUGGAAAUUACCUGUGGGUUUCUUUCUUAUUCGUUCUAUGACCGGGGAACAACGCGCUUCAAUAGUUCAACAAUGCCUCUACAAAUGCCAAGAAAAUGGUGUAAACGUUGUUUCACUUACAAUGGAUGGCUGCGCUGCAAACAUUGCUAUGCUUAAAAAGUUAGGAUGUUCGUUAGAAUCUCAGAAUAUGAAAACUACUUUCAAACACCCUAGUACAGACUACGAAGUGGCAGUAUUCCUUGACGCAUGUCAUAUGCUAAAACUUGUGCGCAACGCAUUUGAAAAUAAAAAGAAGUUUCUUGAUUAUCAGGGUAAUCUUAUUGAAUGGUCUUAUCUCGUCAAGCUCAAUAACUUACAAAAGUCAGAAGGCCUCCACCUUGGGAACAAGUUAAAAGAGAAACACAUAAAUUUUCAGCGACAAAAAAUGAAAGUAAAAUUAGCCAGUCAACUUUUUAGUAAUAGCGUAGCAGAUGCACUCCAAGUUUGUGAAAAAUAUAAUGUUGAAUUCAAAAAUGUGGCGGCUACAAUUACUUUUAUCCGUUUAAUAAACAACAUCUUUGACAUUCUCAAUUCACGAAACAUGCGUCAGUUUGAGUACAAAAAACCCUUAUUUGAAAAAAAUAUUUUGAAAACAAGGGAGUAUUUAGAAUAUGCUAAACAUUAUAUAAUGUUUAUAGUAGCUCCUGAUGAAGAGAAGCUUGUUAUCGCCACGAAUCGUAAAACUGGUUUUAUGGGCCUUUUAACAUGCAUUAAUAGUACACUUUUCUUGUAUAACCGCCUAGUUGAAAAAGAAAAGGUCCUCAAGUAUUUAACUAUGUACAAAUUUUCGCAGGAUCAUUUGGAACUAUUUUUUGGGGUAUUAAGAGCUCAUGGGAGGGCCAAUAAUAAUCCAACAUCACGUCA